CACGGCACUCCCGCGCGCCUGCACUUAUUGUCCCUUCACCACCCACACCACCUCCCGCCUCGUACGGCAAAUCCAUGCAUCAUCUCCCUUGACCGCGCGAUCGAUCCACCAUCGACCGAGCCACUCCUACACCAAAUCGAAUUAAAGCGCGCCCCCCGCAACGCAUUGCCGCCUACAUGGGCAAGAAGCCCGGCGGCGCCGGCUGGCUGGCCACCGUCAGGAAGGUCUUCAAGACCAGCCCCUCCGCCUCCCCGUCCAAGGACCCGCGCCACGCCAAGAAGGGGCUCGGAGGCGAAGAGCAGGAGGCGGCGGAGAUACUGUCCGUCGAGCACUUCCCGGCCGCCGACACGUCGCCUGAGGUGACCAAUGAGGGCAGCGGAAGCUCCGCCGCUGGGUGGGCGCGGGAGGGCGGAGGGGUGGAGGCGGAGGUCAGGAGGGCGCGCCGCGCAAUGGCGUCGAGGAUGGCGAGGCUUGCGGCCCUGCGCGAGAGGGCCGCCGGCAGGGAGGACCGCGCCGCCGUGCGCAUCCAGGCAUUCUACCGGGGAUACUUGGCGAGGAGAGCUCUGCGCGCUCUACGCGGGCUGGUGCGGCUGCAGGCGCUGGUGCGCGGCCACCAGGUGCGUCGCCAGGUCCAUCACACCAUGCGCUGCAUGCAGGCGCUCGUCCGCGCGCAGGACCGCGUCCGCGCCCGCCGCCUCACCCCCCACGCCGCCACGCGUGGCCGUCCCGCCCCCGUCGUUCCCGCGCACGGUGCCCGUCGGCAGUCGUACGGGCACGACCGCCUUUUCUUUGAUGACCACCAGGACGAGGAGGACGGGGAGACGGCAGCGCAGGUACGGCGACCAAGACACAGGCACAGCAGCAUCGGCAACUUGAGCCCGUUCCAGGAAGGGUGGGACGCCGUCUCCCGGGCCGGAGCCAUGCACCGGCAUGACGACGCUGCGGCGUGGCCACCUGCUUUUGCGCAUGACUUCCAGCACCCCAAGAUGAAAUUCCAUCACGAACAAAUGCGGCUUGAGCGCGACGAGCUGGACAAGCGCAAGGCCGGCUGGCACUGGCUGGAGCGCUGCAUGGCGCCCAACAGUGCGCUGCCGGAGCAGGCUGACCAGCACUUACCGGCGGCGGAGACGUCAUACGUGACCGCGGGAACGGCCACGGCCACCGAAGGCGUUUCAGAGAGGACCGUGGAGAUGGAGCCGAGCAGGAAGAGCCCUCCGACGGACCUGUACCCGGUGCGCGCCGAGGUGACUCCCGGGUACAUGGCGGUUACGCAGUCGGCGCGCGCUAAGGCCCGUAUGGCGCCGCUGGCCGCCCCGAGGACUCACGCCCGGAGCCGGUCCGGGUCGGUGGCGCUCGGCGGGGGCUCGACGGCCAGUUCCGGCUGGAGCACGAGUAACAACGGUGAUCCUGCGGCGCAGCAGAGGGAACUGUACAGCCCGGAGUCGAGCUGCAGCGGAGAUCGGUCGCCCCCGACACUUGGCGGCCGCGGCAGGGUGGCCUAUGCUUGACCUUUGGGAUGAUCACAAACAACCGAUAAGUUUGACCAUGCUUUUCAUAUAUGCUAGUGCUACUCCUCUGAUUCCUACUAAUUACCGUUAUUUUAGUAUAAAUUUUACUAAAACAGCGACAGUUAAUAUGAAAUGAAGGGAGUAAUAAUUAAUGUA